AUGAGUUUAGGAGCGGCGGAGGAAGGAUCGGAGAAGGAGAUACACAUCCCAGCUGAAAUCAACUGGGAAAUGCUCGACAAAUCCAAGUUCUUCUUCCUAGGUGCCGCAAUGUUCUCGGGAGUUUCAGCAGGGUUGUACCCUGUGGUUCUGAUCAAGACCAGGCAACAAGUAGCUCAAUCCGAGCUCUCUGCAAUGAAGACGGGGUAUUCCAUCCUACGAAAUGAAGGGUUUCGAGCUCUGUAUCGAGGGGUGGGGACAUCAUUGAUGGGGACAGUGCCAGCUAGAGCACUCUACAUGGGUGCCCUUGAGGUAACCAAGAGCUAUGUUGGGACUGCCACUGUUAGGUUAGGGUUUCCUGAUGCAACAGCAGCAGCAAUAGCAAAUGCAGCUGCUGGGUUGAGUGCAGCUAUGGCGGCACAGCUUGUGUGGACCCCUGUUGAUGUUGUCAGCCAGAGGCUCAUGUGCCAGGGUGGGAAGGAGUCCAUGCGCAGAUACACGAAUGGGGUCGAUGCGUUUCGGCAGAUCAUGAGGACGGAUGGGGUUAGAGGGUUGUACAGAGGGUUCGGGCUAUCCAUCCUGAUCUAUGCGCCUUCCAAUGCUGUGUGGUGGGCUUCUUACUCGGUUGCUCAGAGAACGAUCUGGGAUGGAGUUUGUUCAUUCUUAAGCAAGAAGAACAAUGGGAAUGGAAAUGGUGAUGGGGCGUAUAGACCUGAUUCGAAGACUGUGAUGGCAGUUCAGGGGAUUAGUGCGGCUAUGGCGGGUGGUGUAUCAGCAUUGAUCACCAUGCCACUCGACACAAUCAAGACUAGGCUGCAGGUUCUGGAAAGUGGUGGAGAGGAGAAGCAUGGGCCAACAGUGAGGCAGACGUUUAGGAACUUGGUUAAGGAAGGUGGCCUGAUGGCUUGUUACAGAGGAUUAGGGCCGAGAUGGGCUUCGAUGUCGAUGUCAGCAACGACGAUGAUCACCACGUACGAGUGUCUCAAACGGCUGUCAGCAAAGAAUCAAGAGGCCCUGUAA